CUAGUGAGGACAACAGCAGAGGCAGGCGGCAGGCCACGGGGCCACCGGGCUGCUGUGGGGCUAGAUCGCUGCCACAAGACUUUUUUUGAAAAAUUAAAAAAUCAAAUCCCACCACCCGUUUUGCACUACAAUCGCAUGGCAUACGUCGAGGAUGGUGGUGUGAAUCUGCUGAUGAUCUGCCUGCCUUCUGGUCACGAGCAAGCAAAUUUGGCUCUCCCAGGUCAAUCCAGCCUUGCUCCCUGGUUGGACGAUGAGGGCUUCCCCUCAUCAUCCUGCAGCGAGCAGGGCUGCCUGAGGAAGUUUCGGCUCCACCAGGCUAGGGCGGAAGCGCUGUCCCAUGUCAAGCAUAAUCCGUUGCACAGUGCGUUGCACUGCCACAGUGAUGAUGACGAUAGGUCCUGCCAAACGGGGAAACUCCCAAUCUCAUCCACGAGCACGGCGCAGGAGUCAGUCCCAUGGCGCGCGCACCUGGGCUCCAUAAGAAGCGUGCUGGAGCUCUCCACUACGAGGUAA